AUGCAGGCACAGUUGGCGUGUAUGCUUCUCCUCUGUUUCACAUGCGGUGGACUUUGUACAGACGUGGACCAGGAUCAGCGAACGCUGGAGAAGGAGCUCCUCAGCAAUCUCUUCACUUCUAAGAUGAAACAGAGUAAGCAGAGCGCCCCCUACUGGCGUGUGUCGCUGGUCAACCUGUGCAGGAUGGUGAACAGCCUGCGGCAGGAGGCGUGGAGCGGCGAGGAGGAGGAGGCCGGCGAGAUGAGGGAGGGGAGCCUCCAGCUGCUGGAGGAGAUCUACAACCUGCAGAUCAUCUGCCGAGUGCUGCAGAGCCGGGAGGAGAGGCUACUCCAUGACUCUCCAGAAUACUUAGAGGAGAACAGUGACAAUCCGCUGAAACGAAAAUCACCUUACAUCCUGAAGAGGCAAGCGGCGCACAUCACCAAGUCCCGGAGGCCGUACAUCUUGAAACGAAGUACAAUUUACUGA